AUGUUUUCGUGGUUUAGAGGCCUAGGCUUCGGGUUGGGCCAGUCUUUGGGUCAGGUGGGAGGCAGCUUGGCUUCCCCCACUGGCCAAGUCUCCAGCUGCAUCAUACAUAUGCCUGUGGAGGUCUCCAAAGCUGUGGAAGACAGUUCACUUCUUCGUUGUCGAGGAAAAAAAAUUGAAACCACAGAAUCAAGGUUGAGAUCAGAGAAUACAAGACUUAAAAAGUAUUGUACCGAUCUGGACAAAAAGGAUGAAGCAGCACAGCUUCAAAUAAACCUUCAAUCUACAAGUUACCAAAACCAGCUGCAACAGAAACAGGUAGACAUCAGCCAUCUUCAAGCAAGCCAGAUGGCACUACAGGAGCAGGUGUUGAGCCUGCAGUCAGCUGCUCAAUCAGUACUUUCAGAAGCCAGUGGUGUACCAGCAACCAGCGCACCUUGUUCAUUCGGUUAUGGACUCAGCCAUCAUUUUUCAACUUUCUGUGAUGAUGCCAAGGACUUUAGUAACAUAAUUUCAUCACAACAGGAAAUAAACAGAUUGAAAAAUGAAGUUUCAAGACUUGAAUGUGAAGUUGGCCAUUGGAGGCGUAACACGCAGGCACAAAGAACAAAUGAUUCAGAUCAAAGUGAAAUCAGCAAACUAUACCAUACAAUUAAGGUACUGGAACAAAACCGAAGUCAGGACAUGGAUCAUCACCAACAUGAAAUGUCCGUUUUGCAGAAUGCACAUCAACAGAAACUGGCAGAGUUAAAUCACCAGCAUAAACAGGAGUCAUAUGACUAUGAAGGACGGAUCACAGAACUUGAAAAGCUGUUACACCAAGGUGACUCAGGAGUUACAGUCACUGAUGAGUCUCAAGUCUGGGAGAUGCAAAACACUAUUCAGGUUCUACUAACUGAAAAACUAGAGUCCACAAGAAGAAUCAAAGAACUUGAGGAUACAAUCAAAGUCAUAAAGAAAAAAUUAUCUUCUGCAGAACACGACAGAGAUGUCCUGAAGAGAGAAAAAGAGCAGCUCAGUGUGGAAAAGAGACAAAUAAUUGAAGAGUGUGAAAACUUGAAAGUGGAAUGUAGUAAAUUGCAGCCUUCUGUGAUGGAGCAGAGUGAUCCUGCUACAGAAAAGGGAACAAUAUCUCCACAGAGUUCAUCAGUGGGAGAAGUGUUGAGAAUACAACAAGCCCCGUCUGAUGCUGAAAAUGAAAAAAUGAGUCUGAGUAGUUUAAAACAAGAUACCAGUCUUGCUGAAGACAAUCUGAAACUUCAAAUGCAUGUCCAAGUUUUAGAAAAAGAGAAAUCAUUAUUGAGUCAAGAAAAGGAAGAACUUCAGAUAUCACUUUGCAAAUUGAGCUGGGAAUAUGAAGUCAUUAAAAGUUCAGCUUCAACAGACAUGAAUUUGAAUGUACAAAUACAUGACUUAACACUUAACUUGGACGCUAAGGAGCAAGAACUGAAUGAAAGUAUUAACGAAAAGGAAAUGCUGAUAGCUGAGUUAGAAAAACUGGACAACGAGAACCAGGAAGCUACAAAGCACAUGAAUUUGAUAAUAGAUGAGCUAUCAAAACAGCAAAAUGAAGGAGAUGGUCUAAUCACGAAAUUGAAACAAGAUCUAGAUGACAAAAAAGAGAGAGUUCAUCAAUUUGAGGAGGAUAAAAUGGACAUAACUAAAGAGUUGCAUGUAGAGAAAGAAAAGUUAACUGAGAGUGCACUGAGCCUCCGUGAUUUGCAUUUAACCAAGCAGAAGCUUGAAAAUAAAGUCGAAGAUUUAGUAAAUCAGCUAAGUCAGUCACAAAAAAGUAGUUUAAAUAUCCAGCAGGAAAACCUGGAACUUAAGGAAUACAUUAGCCAAAAGGAAGAGGAACUAUGUAGAGUUCAGAACGAGGUAAGAUAUGCUGUUAAUGAAGACUCUCAUUUUAAGGAUGACUUGCUUAAAGAAGGGGAAGUCGAAAUUACAAACUUGAAGCAAAAUCUUGCAGAAGUAGAACAGCUCAAUGAAAAUUUAAAGAAAGUUGCUUUUGAUCUGAAAAUGGAAAAUGACAAGUUGAUUUCAGCAUGUGAAGAUGUAAGGCAUCAAUUGGAAGAAUCUAUUGCUGGUAACAACCAAAUUUCUCUAGAAAAAGACACUAUUAUGGAGACUCUGAAAACAGAGAAAGAACAGAUAGAAGUAGAACUGUGUCAGGCCAAAAAGAAACUGUUGGAAGAAGCAAACAAUUACAGGCAGACUAUUCAGGAACUCUCAAAUGUAUGUAAUUGUAAUACCUCUGCCUUACAGCUGGAACAGGAGCAUGUAGUGCAACUCAGUCAAGAGAAAGACUUUGAAAUAGCAGGACUCAAAAAGAAUAUUGAGCAAAUGGCUACUGAUCAAAAAGAAACUAAGGAAAUGUUGGCAUCUCGUUUAGAAGAACAGAAGCAAUUGAUGCAACUUAUAAAUGAGAAAGAAAUU